CAUUAGCUUCAAAUCUGUUUUUAAAUUUCAUGUGUAUUCCGGCCGGAAUGUAACCUCAUUUCUCUAUUAUGGAUCUCACCAGUGAUGAGGAUAACGAUAAUAGUGUUAACAGAGCUGGAUUCUGUACUCCUAAAAAGAUGAAACUGAUUCGCAAUGAGGCUAAUUGUAAUUCAAAGCAACCUAAGCACCGAAGUGUAAAGUUUGGACCAGAGUUGCAAUCAAAAUACAGUUUUCGAAAGCCAGACCACACUGAUCCAUUCAAAUGCAUUUGCAAACUUUGCAAUACAAGUUUUAGGGCAGAAAAAUCUGACACUGAAGGCCACGAGGCAUUGGGAGCUAGAACAAAUUUUCAUCGGAAAAAAUCCCAACGCUGCAGAUACCGUGGCUACGGCCCAAGUUCUAUAUGAUCAGUUGAUAGCAACCCUUAAUUUAAGGCAGAUUCCAGUACAGAAUAUUAUAGGGUUUGCCAGUGAUGGCUGUAG